AUGGAGCGUGACAGCAAGAAGAGAGUAAGAGAAGGAGACGAAGGCCACAAUAAUUCUUCCCCUUCUUCUCCUUCUUCUUCUUCUUCUUCUUCUUCUUCAGAGAGAGAGAAGCAUGCAAAGACAAAAGAUGGUCCCAUUAAUUAUGGUAUUUUGGACUUGAAAAAUGACGUCCUCGAAUACAAGGACAGCAGCAGCAGUACCAGUAGCUGUUGUAAGACAUCAUCAGAAUCCCACUGCGCAUUAGGAGUAUUUGAUUUUCCGUGGCUGAAAGAUGGUAUAAUCUCCCAAUCGGAGGAGUGGAUUAAUUUUGAGGACGUCUUCUCAUCACCAGUACUGGCACUGGAUGACACACCCACCUUUACUACUAGUAGUAAUCCUGGUCAUGGUAUAAGUAUUGAUGAUCAAUUUUCUUUCUCCGCGGCAGGGCGGUGUUUCUAUCAGACUCAUGAUGAAUCCGAUAAUCAGGAACUACUCCUAGACUUUCCUCCAGCUAAGGACAAGCUUGAGGGGCCAAGUCCUCGAGAUCUUAAUCAAGAUGAUGAUGGCUUGGAGAAUGAGGGUGCGGAUUGCAUUUGGACCUUCCUGCUCAAUCAGCCCCUUCAUCAACAGCCCAACUAA